AUGAGCGUCACCGAGUUGGAUGGUUACUACGAUCCUGACUUUACCUUCAUUGCGCCCACCAUCGACACGACGGAUCCACAGCUGACCCCAAUCCUGUGGGCGUCGCUGGUUCUCUACUCCCUCGUCUUCCUGCUGGGCGUGCCGGGGAACGCGGCUGUCAUCUGGGUGACGGGCUUCAGGAUGAAGCGCACGGUGAACACCGUCUGGUUCCUCAACCUGGCGGUGGCCGACCUACUGUGCUGCCUGGCGCUGCUGUUCCUGGCCGUGCCCGUGGCCCGCGGCAACCGCUGGGAGCUGGGUGACUUCGCCUGCAAGCUGCUGCCAUCCCUCACCAUCCUGAACAUGUUUGCCAGCGUCCUGCUCCUGAUGGCCAUCAGCGUGGACCGCUGCGCCCUGGUGACCAGGCCCAUCUGGUGCCAGAACCACCGCACGACCCGGCUGGCCUGGGGCGUGAGCGUGGCAGCCUGGCUCCUGGCUCUGCUCAUGACCCUCCCAACCUUCAUCUUCCGGAAGACACACGCCGAAGCGUUCUCAGACAAAGUGACGUGUGUCAUGGAGUACGCUCAAGUAGCCAGUUACCAGACCACCAUCGAGGUGUCCGUCGCUACCUUCCGCUUCGCCGCCGGCUUCCUGGUCCCCUUCGUGGUGAUUGCCACCUGCUACGGCCUGGUCCUGGCCCGCGUCCACAGGAGCCGUUUCACUCGCUCGCGCAAGACCAUUAAGGUCAUUCUUGUGGUGAUCGUCGGCUUCUUCGUGUGCUGGCUCCCCUACCACGUGGUGGGGCUGAUCCUGGCUGCCACCAAGUCCAGAACGAGCCUGUACAAAGGCGCCUCUGAGUCCGACCCCCUGAUUGUGGGUCUGGCCUACGUCAACAGCUGCCUCAACCCCGUCAUCUACGUCAUCAUGGGCCAGGACUUCAAAGACCGGUUCCAGCGCUCGCUGAAGACCAUCCUCCGCAACGUGCUGAGCGAGGAUUCGUUCUCUGUGGGUGACGGCAGGAAGAAGACCAGAUUCACGCAGGAGACCAAGUCCACGAUGGAGGACCGGAGCAUCGGGGUGUGA